UACAACCCAGUGUUUAAGUACGAAACCUCCCCCUCCCCUCUCCUCUCCUCUCUUCUCCCAUGGCGAUGGUCUCCUCCUCCUCCUCAACGCCCCAAAACCCUUCCCCUCUACAAAAACCUAAUAGCCCCACCCCUCCCACGCCGCCGCUCCGCAUCCGCGCCCCAUCGAGGAAGCCCAAAUCCCCUCCGCACCCUCCGCCAUGGGCGGAGCGGAAGCUCGUCGGCUCCGUCGACUACGACGAGGGGCGCCGCCGAGUCUCCGGCGAGGUCGCCGGAGUGCGGAAGGACGGGAUCCCGGCCAGGCACCGGCUCCGGGUGGAGGGUAGUCGGUGGCAGAGAGAUUGGAAGGUGUCGGAGGUGGCGGAGCGCGUGCUAGGGCUCGAUCAUUGGGAGGACGUCGACGGCGUCCUCAAUUGCUGGGCCGGGCGAUUCGCCCGCCGCAACUUCCCUCUCCUCAUUCGGGAAAUAACAAAUGCAGGUUCUCUUGAACAUGCCGUUCACGUAUUUUGCUGGAUGAAGAAUCAGAAGAACUAUUGUGCACACACGGACAUGUACAAUAUGAUGAUAAGAUUGCACGCGAGACAUAAUCGGAUUGAUCAAGCACGUGGCUUAUUCUUCGAGAUGCAAGAGUGGAGAUGCAAACCCGAUGCAGAGACCUUUAAUGCUCUAAUACACACUCAUGCGCGAGCUGGUCAGUGGCGUUGGGCAACGAAUAUAAUGGAAGAUAUGCUUCGAGCUGCUAUACCUCCUAGCCGAACUACAUACAAUAACCUCAUAAAUGCAUGUGGGUCUUCUGGGAAUUGGAAAAAGGCUCUUGAAAUUAGCAAGAAAAUGACCGAAAACGGUGUGGGGCCUGAUUUGGUUACCCACAACAUCGUCUUGUCAGCUUUCAAGAAUGGGGCUCAAUACUCAAAAGCUCUGGCUUAUUUCGAACUGAUGAAAGAGACCAACAUUUCCCCUGAUAUUUUCACCCACAACAUUGUCAUCUAUUGCCUCGUAAAGCUUGGACAAUUUGGAACAGCCGUUGAUAUGUUCAAUUCAAUGAAAGAGAAAAGCUCAGAAUGUCGUCCUGAUAUAGUGACAUAUACCACUAUUAUGCGUGCUUAUUCUGUUUGUGGGCAAACAGAGAAUUGCAAGGCGGUAUUUGAUAUGAUGGCUGCAGAAGGUUUGAAACCUAAUAUCGUUUCCUAUAAUGCACUUCUCAGUGCAUAUUCUUCAAAUGGAAUGCAUGUAGAGGCCUUAGCUAUUUUCAAGUCAAUUAAAAGGGAUGGAUUAAGACCAGAUAUUGUCUCAUAUACUUCUCUACUUAAUGCAUAUGGGAGAUCUUCACAGCCUGAAAAAGCUAGGGAGAUCUUUGACACAAUGAAGCGCCAUAAUUGGAAACCAAAUAGGGUUAGCUAUAAUGCACUAAUUGAUGCUUACGGAUCUGUGGGUAUGUUAGCUGAAGCUGUUAAAGUCCUGCACGAAAUGGAAAGAGAUGAGAUCCACCCAGAUAUUGUUUCAAUAAGCACUCUCUUGGCUGCUUGUGGACGUUGUGGUCAAAUUGUCAAAAUUGACUCUAUACUUUCAGCUGCAAAGUCCCGAGGGAUUGUAUUGAAUACAGUUGCAUACAACUCGGCCAUUGGAAGUUAUAUGAGUGUUGGGGAAUAUGACAAGGCUUUGAAGUUGUAUAAGUUGAUGAAAGAAAAUAAUGCAAAGCCAGAUUCUGUAACCUUUAAUAUACUAAUUAGUGGUUCAUGUAAAGUUGGUAAAUUCACAGAAUCUCUGAAGUUGCUGGAUGAGAUGACGGAGUUGCAGAUUCCUCUCUCAAAGGAGGUCUACUCAUCUUUGAUCUGUGUGUACAGUAAACAGGGCCAACUAGUAGAAGCUGAAUCUAUUUUCAAUCGUAUGAGGGAAGCUGGUUGUUUUCCUGAUGUUAUAACAUACACUGCCAUGAUACAUGCCUAUAGCAUAGCAGAGAACUGGAAGAGAGCAUGGGAUCUUUUCCAGGACAUGGCUGGAAGGGGUAUUGAGCCAGACCCUAUUGCAUGUUCAUCCCUUAUGGAAGUUUUGAAUAGAGGGUGCCAACCUGAAAUGGUUAUUCAGUUGGUAGAGUUGAUGAGGGAGAAGCAUAUACCUCUAAAUCCAAGUGCGUCUUACGAGAUUAUAUUCUCUUGCAGCAUGCUCCGUGAUUGGAGAACAGCAAUCCAAGUUAUUGAACAUAUGGAGCCAUCAUUCUCAUCAACGUCACUAGGGAUAUUAAAUCAGCUCCUGCACUUUCUUGGAAAGUGUGGGAAGAUAGAGACUAUGAUGAAGAUUUUUUUCAAGAUCCUGGCUUCAUGCUCAAAUGUCGGUUGUGCUACUUAUUCAAUUCUCUUGAAGAAUCUUUUGGCUGCUGGAAAAUGGAGAAAAUAUAUUGAGGUAUUGCAGUGGAUGGAAGAUGCAGGAAUUCAACCGGCAGCAUAUAUGUACCGCAAUGUUAUUUCUUACGCAUGGAAAGAAAAUAGCAUGGAGUAUGUUGCUCUUAUCCAAGAAAAAAUAAAAAGGUAUGGUGGAUGUAUGGUGGAAGAGCAGAUAGCUACUAUUUAUACCUUAUACGGGAGCAAAGUCUGCUACCUAACCCUCAAUUAUUUUUUGUUUCAAAAAGCAGUUCAAUUAGAACCGAACAGUUCUGUCGGAGAGCUAAUAGAAUAUCUGGCCAAUAACAGAAGAUGUUCCCUAAAAAAACUUCAUAAAUACUAUUCAGUUCUCUCGAACAGGUCCAUGAAUCGGACAUACUAUAAGGUUAGGCGAGAAAAUCAAUAUUUUUUGAGAUUGCUGCCUAUUUCAGUGGACCUACUUAAAUUGAAAUCUCAUGUAGUUCAAGGUAUGUAUGUCUUUCACCUUUUCCUGUUUCAUGAUAGCUGCUAACUCACCCGACAGUUAUGAUUAUGCAGGUUCAUUGAGAGAAAAAAUUCGGUGAAACACUGGUGCCUACGGUUAUGCAGCAGCAAUAUGCAGCAGCGGGAUCGACUACCUAAAAAGAGCACUUCAAAAAUGAGGCAGCUAGAAUUCGCCUUGCCUAAC